UGAUUGGUUGGAAUGAAACCUGCAUAUUCUUGGCCCUCCAUGGCACAUAAUUGGGUCUGCAUGGUAUAAACGGAGUCCAGUAGAGUGAUUUAUCUUCAAAAGUUGAAGGAAUUCUUCAGAUUUCCUCCAAAAGGCCUUUCACUGAAUUUGUGCACGGACACUACGUGUGCUUCUUUUGUGCAUGUUAAUUAAUACCGCAGCACGGAACUUUCAUACCGUGAUUCUUACAUGCGCACGCAAAACUCAGCUGUUUCCAACCUGGGCCGCAUUCGACUGUGACCUUUCCAGUUGACCCCUUCCAUGUAAAGCUCAAGUUAAAUGCAUGAUGUGGUGAAAGUCAGCGGCACCGAUAGGGCACUGCUGCCCUUAGGGGCUACGGACACACUCGAGGAGGGGGUCAAAGAGAGCAGCGUGGGCCGCUAAUCUCUUUUGAUCCUUGAUAGCGAGGAAUCGCACGUCCCCAAUCUUUCACCUUUCAUCUUUGCGAGGGCUGACGGAGUGAGUCGGCCGCACACCCCUCCUACCCCCAGCGCCCUCGUCCUGACUCCGGACUGCCUGCGAUUCGAUCAUCUCCCUGGCUAAGGCACGGCCCUCUACAUGGCCCAUUACAUUGGUGGCGCACUCGCAAAAGGACGAUGAACUUGCAUUUAAUGACCCGUUGUUUUGCGCUCAUACAUAUGCAGUAUAGAACUCGCGUCUGGACCCUGAGGAGUACUUCACCAAGCUGGAGCGCAUUGGGAAGGGCUCCUUCGGGGAGGUGUACAAGGGCAUCAACAACCGCACCAAGGAGGUGGUGGCCAUCAAGAUCAUCGACCUGGAGGAGGCGGAGGACGAGAUCGAGGACAUCCAGCAGGAGAUCACCGUGCUGAGCCAGUGUGACAGCCCCUUCGUCACCAAGUACUUUGGGUCCUACCUCAAGGGGACCAAGCUGUGGAUUAUCAUGGAGUACCUGGGAGGGGGCUCAGCUCUGGAUCUGCUGAGACCAGGUCCCCUGGAAGAGACGUACAUCGCCACCAUCCUACGGGAGAUCCUGAAGGGGCUGGAUUAUCUUCACUCCGAGAGGAAAAUCCACCGUGACAUCAAAGCUGCCAAUGUGCUGCUUUCAGAACAGGGUGAUGUCAAGUUGGCGGACUUUGGAGUGGCGGGGCAGCUGACUGACACCCAAAUAAAGAGGAACACAUUUGUGGGCACCCCCUUCUGGAUGGCACCCGAGGUCAUUAAACAGUCAGCUUACGACUUCAAGGCAGACAUCUGGUCCCUGGGAAUCACGGCUAUCGAGCUGGCCAAGGGGGAGCCCCCAAAUUCAGACCUGCACCCAAUGAGGGUCCUGUUCCUCAUCCCCAAAAACAAUCCGCCUACCCUAGAGGGGACAUACAGCAAGCCCUUCAAAGAGUUUGUGGAAGGCUGUCUCAAUAAGGACCCUCGCUUUAGACCCACUGCCAAGGAACUGCUGAAGCACAAGUUCAUCACACGCUACACAAAGAAAACGCCCUACCUGACAGAGCUCAUCGACCGGUACCGGCGCUGGAAGUCCGAGGGCCACGGCGACGAGUCCAGCUCAGACGACUCGGACAUGGACGGAGAUGGCGAUGACAGGGACCAGUGUCCGAUGUGGAGCUUUCCGCCGACGGUGAGACCCAGCUCCAUGAACAAGCUGCAGAAAGGCUUCACUAACACGGACUGCGAGACGGCAGAGGCAGUGAAAAGACAGCCCAAAUCGCAGUGUCUGUCAGCGCUGGUUACACCUAUCUUCAGAGAGUUGAAGGAGAAGAGGAGGACGAGCGGGGCGAGUGUAGGCGCCAUCGAGGAGCUGGAGAACGCCUUCAGUCUGGCAGAGGAGUCCUGUCCGGGCAUCUCGGACCGGCUGGUCACGCACAUGAUGGAGAGAGUGCGGAGGUUUUCACUCAAUGGGAACACCACCCCCUCCUCACGGUGAAAGCCACCAGCCGCUACUCCACUACCCCCUCCCUGGGAGAGCAGAUGCCCCACUACCCACCGCUUCGCUCGUCCCUCCUCCUGGACCAGACUCCCCACCUCUCUCCCUCCUUCUGGACCAGACCCCCCCCCCCUCUCUCCCUCCUUCUGGACCAGACUCCUCCCCCCUCUCUCCCUCCUCCUGGACCAGACAUCUCCCCCCCC